GGACUAGUAGUUUUGGCCGCGGGGCUGUGGGUCUGAACCGAAUGACCAGGAACUCGCCUUCCCGGCGACCCGUCUAGCAGGGCGGGGCGCUUCCACCGGUUUGGCAGGGCGGGGCGCCUCGUGAAGAUGGUGGCACGCGCGGCGUGUGGCUCCCGUCUUCUGCUCAAGUCUCAUCUCAACGCACCGGCCGGCGUCUCGCUGGUCUGGAGCCCCCGCCCGCCGGGUCCCUGACCCCACGCCCCCUCGUGCCCGAUACCCGCAAUGCCGCGUGCUCGUAAGGGCAGCGCACCCCGCAAGGGUGGCCAGCGCCGCGGAGGGGGUACCCGGAGCAGUACCCAAGUUGACUCAGGUUCCAGCGAGGAUGAGGCAGCCAGUGAGGCCCGCAGCACCACCAGUGACUGCCCCAGCCUUCUUAGCACCGCGGCAGAGGACAGCCUUGGGGGGGAUGCCGUGGAUGAGCAGGGCCAGCAGGAGGACCUUGAGGAGAAAUUGAAGGAGUAUGUGGACUGCCUCACAGACAAGAGCACCAAGACACGGCAAGGCGCCCUUGAGAGCUUGCGCCUGGCCCUGGCUUCACGCCUACUGCCGGACUUCUUGAUGGAGCGCCACCUCACACUGGCCGAUGCCUUGGAAAAGUGCCUCAAGAAAGGGAAGGGCGAGGAACAGGCCCUGGCCGCCGCCAUGCUAGGUCUGCUCUGUGUGCAGCUGGGCCCUGGACCCAAGGGUGAGGAGCUGUUCCACAGCCUGCAGCCCCUCCUGGUCUCCGUGCUCAGUGACAGCACAGCGAGCCCUGCUGCCCGGCUCCACUGUGCUUCUGCUCUGGGCUUGGGCUGUUAUGUAGCUGCUGCCGAUGUCCAGGACCUGGUCUCUUGCCUCUCCUGCUUGGAAGGUGUUUUCAGCCGGGCUUGUGGUGUGGGUGGCUCCACAGCUCCUGUGGCUCCUACGAGCCUGCACGGCCUGUUGUGUGCUGCCCUGCAGGCCUGGGCAUUGCUACUCACCAUCUGCCCCAGCGCCCACAUCAGCCACAUCCUUGACAGGCAGCUGCCCCGGCUGCCCCAGCUCUUGUCCAGCGAAAGUGUGAACCUGCGGAUCGCUGCCGGCGAGACCAUCGCACUGCUCUUUGAGCUUGCCCGGGACCUUGAGGAGGACUUUGUUUACGAGGACAUGGACGCCCUCUGCAGUGCCCUGCGCACUCUGGCCACCGACAGCAACAAGUACCGCGCCAAAGCUGACCGCCGGCGCCAGCGUUCUACUUUCCGUGCCGUGCUGCACUUUGUCGAGGGCAGUGAGUGUGAGGAAGAAACAGUCCGCUUCGGCCUCGAAGUGCUCUACGUGGACAGCUGGGCUCGGCGCCGGGUCUACGCCGCCUUCAAGGACGCGCUGGGGUCGGGCAUGCACCACCACCUCCAGAACAAUGAGCUGCUUCGUGACAUCUUUGGCCUGGGCCCUGUGCUAGUGCUAGAUGCCGCUGCCCUGAAGGCCUGCAAGAUCUCGCGUUUUGAGAAGGUUCGCACCCUUGGGCACCCUCCAUCCCCACCUCCUGGAGCUCUGCAGGGGCUAGAGGAGAAGCCCUGGGCCUCCCCCUCCCCAGCUCACCAGAUCAUCACUCUUUGCCCCCACUUCAGCACCUGUACAAUGCUUCUGCCUUCAAAGCGCGGACCAAGGCACGCAGCCGCAUGCGAGACAAGCGGGCGGACAUCCUGUGAGCCAGGACCAGCUGAGGUGGAGACUGUCCACACCAUUGCCCGUAUUUUUAACAGAAGACAGUGCAACAACUGGUCCUUGCCAGAAAUUGUCGCUUUAUUUUCUUAAUGACAAAACCAAAAGCAGACAUAGGGGUGGGUGGCUGGAGGCCGGGUCACUUGGGAUCCUGGCCCUUUGCCCCUGCACUCAGCCCUGUGGCCUCUUCCUGCCGUCUCAGGCCAAGGCGGAUGUGCGCCUGUCCCAGGGCUGUGGGGCAGGCAGUAGGAGGGCUGUCCCUUUAUCUCCUUUCUCAGACCUGUUCCCCUGGGAUGAACCACUUCCUUGGGGGGGCGGUUGGCAUCUGGACAGAUGCCACCACAACAGGUGGGAAGGUCAGGCUGCCUGGAAUGGAUUUAUGUGAUUUUUAAAGAUUAUAAGAGAUAAUUAAACUGAAUGCUCAGCCUUCU